GAAUCAGGGGGAUCAGAAUUUCCCGGAACACCGGACCAGGGAGCUGCGGGAGACCGGAGGAAACUCACGAUAUCACCGCAACCGGAGAGGGGUGGUCGGGAUAAACCAUGGGGAACCGAGACGAUGAGUAUGACUUUUUAUUUAAAGUGGUGUUGAUUGGUGACUCAGGAGUUGGGAAGAGUAACCUUUUGUCACGAUUCACAAGAAAUGAGUUUAACCUGGAGAGCAAGAGCACAAUCGGAGUGGAGUUUGCUACCAGGAGCAUCCAGGUGGAUGGCAAGACGAUAAAGGCCCAGAUCUGGGAUACAGCAGGACAGGAGCGCUACAGAGCCAUCACUUCAGCGUAUUACCGAGGGGCAGUGGGGGCUCUUCUAGUGUAUGACAUCGCCAAGCACCUAACAUAUGAAAAUAUAGAGCGUUGGCUGAAGGAGCUCAGGGACCACGCUGACAACAACAUCAUCAUAAUGUUAGUAGGAAACAAAAGUGAUCUGCGCCACCUCAGAGCUGUGCCCACAGAUGAGGCCCGUGCUUUUGCAGAAAAGAACACUUUGUCAUUUAUUGAGACCUCUGCUUUGGAUUCCACAAAUGUAGAAGAAGCCUUUAAAAACAUUUUAACAGAAAUAUAUCGUAUAGUAUCACAAAAGCAGAUAGCUGACAGAUCUGCUCACGAUGAAUCUCCACGAAACAACGUAGUGGACAUCAGUGUCCCACCGACAACAGACGGUCAAAAGGGGAGCAAAUUGCAGUGCUGCCAGAGUCUGUGAGGCUCAGUGACUUUAUCUCUACUCACCACAUCACCCAUGCACUUUCUGUUCUCAAGGCCAUGUACUUUGUUUGUUACCUUUGGAUUUUUACUUUUCUUUUGUUAUUUUAUUUUACAUUUUCACAUGUGCUCUUCUACUUUGCCAUAAUUAGUAAUAAUAAAGUAUUUGUCAUAUAUUGAGGUUUUAAGCCACUUAUGCCAAUGUAGCACUCAGCUAUAACUGUCUUAAAAAGUCCUGAAUGUAGCUGUUUCACUGGGGUAGGCCCCUGACAAAUGAAAAAUCUCGCAAGUCAACUUUUACAAAACGUUGGUACAAUAUCAAUAGUUCCCACUAGAUGGUGCUGUGUAAAUGAACUGCCGAAAGUAAAUGUAUGAUUACUAACAGUUUAGACAAGUUUUUACAGUGCUUUCUCAUAACUCCAUCUUUUGCAUGUUCAUGCCAAAUAUCUUCUAUUGACGUAUUUAUUGAAAAUAGCUGGCUUAUUUGCCCUUGUUUUACUCCCAGUUAAACAUGCUUUUGCAAUAAAAUGGUUGAAAAAUGUUUAAUUCCUAUUGUUCUGCUUACAACUCCAAAACUUAGUAACUAUUCUUGCUUUGUAAGUUAUUUUGCAGUGGUUGGCUCAUUCCAAGUAAGUUAACCUUAAAACCAAAAAGCAAAACUAUUUUUCUACAUGCAUUGUUGUAAAAUAAUACAAGACAAUUCAACAAUGUGAAUUUAUUAUUUGUAGUGUCAAAUUGCAAAUAAAGCCUUUAAUUAC